AUGUGCUAUUAUCGUUACUUCAAAUUCCAGGGCUGUGGCCACACGACCUACUCUUCGACGCCGGUUAGGUACUGCGAAAAUGCAAAGAAUACCGACCCCACGGAAACACAGCCCACAUGUGGACCGCCCAAGGACAUGGUCACCAAGACUACGGACGUUGUACUAGAUCUCGAGGCGGGAUCACAUCCGAAAAGAAACUCGCAACUACCUCCGCCACCAUUAGAGACGGACCUUGCAGCGAAGAGAACCAUCAUACCCGCAUCUCGCAACUCCAACCUUCAGCCAUGCGAAGUAGGUCUCACGCACCCACUGUACACCCGCAAAAUCGAAACUCAAUGCGGUGAAUGCAUCCGCGCCAGAGACGAGCGACUAUACGCGCUCGAGUCUAUGCCUGAGGCUCAUAUGAUUAAGCGCAUGCAAAAUAGGCAGCCAGCAAAACGCCAGAGCGAAGAAAUGAUUUUGCAGGGCAGGGCAGACAAGGCGCCAAAGGUGGACAGUGGGGUUUGGGCGGUGGGAUCGAAGUGGAUGGAGGGGUGGAAGUCUGGAUAG